GACUUCCAAUCAUUCAAACGCUUAUUACAGGUAGAUAAACUUAAACAUAAGAUCGUGAAAACAUCAAACAUGUUGUUAACAUAUUUAAUUAUUCUUACUGCAACGAACAUAUUGGCUUUUGUUUCAUCAAACGAGAUAUCAUCUUUAAGAAACGAACUUAAAGAGUUGAGAGAGCAGAUUCUCCGAGACAAAGCAACUGACACGUACACUAGAUGGGGAAGAACUACAUGUCCUACCGGAGCAACGACUAUCUAUGUCGGAUUCGCGGCUGGAGCGCAUUACACCCACAGCGGAGGUGCCGCUAAUUAUGUUUGCUUGUCAAAAAAGCCGACAUUUGACUACCAUUCUGUACAACCAAGAUACUAUACUUAUAUCUACGGUGCUGAAUAUGAAACACAUGACAGUAUUUGGCAUCAGUUUGUUAAUCAUGACGUACCAUGUGUUGUUUGUCAAGUUCCUCGUACAAGUGUCAUAAUGGUUCCUGGACGAAACGACUGCCCCGAUAACUUCAAACUAGAGUAUGCAGGUUAUUUGAUGGCUGGUCACAAAAGCCACGCAGCUGCAUCAGAAUAUGUCUGUGUCGACAAAGACCCUACAGAAGACGACUACUCUAAUGGUGGGAAUGCGGAUGGAAAGCUAUUUUAUUUUGUUCGAGCUGGGUGUGGUGCACUAAAAUGUCUUCCUUAUAGGAGGGGGAAAUCAAUUACAUGUGCAGUAUGUUCGUUUUCCCCUUAAAGCUCGUAAUGGAGUGUAAAGUGUAUGUUCUGAAUAAACUUUAUCAAUGUUCUUUAUUUCCAGCUGUUUCUUUGAAAUAGAUAUUGUAAUAACAUAACAAAUAAAACACAAAAACGUUUUUAAAACGAGAAUGAUAUUAUUGCGUUUACAGGCAAAAAUAUGUUUAUCUAUAGAAACAAAUAUAUAAUCUAUGCGUAUAAAGAAAGGAAAUACGUAAUACGUGAAAUGUGAAUAAACUCACCCAUCCAAAAUAUGAAAUGAUAAAUACCUGUUUUUUGUCGUUAUUUAGUCUUUUUCGUAGACAGGUUUUGGUAACAGUGUGUAUAUUACUUUAUAGAGUGAACGUUUUUCUAAUGUUUUGGUUUACUAUUAUAGGUAAAAGAAACAAUAAUAUUUUUUUCAUUUUGUAUUUUUCUAAUCAACAUCCUUAUAAAUGAUCUUUGCACAUUUCACAAGAGUCCUUACAUCUACAAGCU